CAUGACAAGGACAUUGUAGCCAUUCUGCAUCUGCUGGUUGAGUUGGCACAUCAUUUUGAGUGUCCACAGAAACUGCCUGGUGGAGUUACAAUAAACACGUCAGUCAUUGUGCAGAAGAAAGGAGGCAUUCUACUUCCUCAGGAGGUUGUUAAGGAGAUAACGGAAGUGACUGAAGGAGAAGAGUAAGUAGCGUGAGCAUCAAGAGCCAUUAUUGCUUUAUAGAAUAUCAGAUGUGAACUGUUGAUGUCUGGUGUUAAAGUGUAAAGUCUUGCUAGGUUUUUUUGUGGUCCUCUUGAGGGGUACGUAUGUGACCCUAAUCUGAAUAUUUCAAAACCAUUUGUUUCAUAUCUUGAGAAGGAAGCCAUGUCCCUGUUGAUAUUAUUUUUUGUAUAUUGUAUGUGCAUAUUUUUCAUUGCUGUGCAGUUUUAAGACAUCUUUUUGUCGUUUGUCAAAAUUUCUUCUUUUUCAUGUCGCUGUCCCAAGGCCAUGUUGCUUGUUGAAAUUUGACCCUAAUUUUAAUGAAUGACAGUGACCAUUUUUAUGACCUUUUAUAAAUCACAGAAUUUAACUCUCGAUCAUUUUUUUCUUUUUCAGUGAUGAAGGAAAGCCUGGUAUGUUUUUGCAGUUCAUUCUAAACCUUUUUAAUGGUUGUGGCUGUUUCCUUGUAACUAUUUUGUCAAGUCAGUCAUUUAUAUCAGCUCAGUUUUUUUCUUUUCAUUUCUAGAAAGAGAAGCCUUUGAUGCACUGUUUGAUAAUGCACCAGAGAAGCUAAAUGUGGUUAAAAAGGUAUAUGCAAUUUAAUUUUUGCAAAAUUAUGGCAGCCCUUAAAGUACUCUACAAUAAAGUACAUCAAGUAAUUGCCACAGAUUUGACUCAGUCAAAGCCCAAUUCUAUCUGAGCUGAAAACUGUUAUUUCUGCCAUCCAUGUUUCUCCCAUGCGAUGUUUGGUUGAGUUGCGCAUUAAGUAUGUUUUCAGAAUACCCGGUAUGUAUGUAUAUUAUGCAUGAGCUUUCUGAUGUAUAAUGGUAGUUUUUUUUUCAAGUGCUAAUGAUGUUUACGUUUUGGGAUUUUCAAUCAUAAAUAUGAAUGGAAAAAUGAGAUAGAGUCUGGUAUUAGUAACAGUAAAAUGACACUGCCGUGCAAGUGGCCAAUUCUGUGAGAAAUUGUAAGACAUUCCAAAAAAGCAUAAUAUUAUGGUAAUUACUGACGGAUGAUUGAUUGAUUGAUUUACAGUCUCUGCAGAGUUUUGUUAACAAGCAUCUAAGCAAGUUAAGCCUGGAGGUUGACAAUAUUGACUCACAGGUACUAAUGAACUACAGAGCUGUUAUUAAGGGCCAUGAAAUGGGAAUUUUGCCCCAGCUACCACAAUGAAUGUGGCCUCUGGCUACUUUCUUAGGAAAAUAAUUCCAAUAAAAAUCCUUAGCUGUUUGUUCCUGGCUACGUGUUUUGUUUAGCCAGCAACUUGAAAUCUUAGAGAUGUUCCUGGAACUAGACAAGAUACACCAUUUAACAUCACCAUUUUUAAGCAACUUCUAAAUCGUCCUUAUGGUAUUUUAAAUUGUUGAUACAAUCAACAUAAAGGUGGUGAGGAUGAUCAGAACUACAUAUAAAUCAUGAAAAAUAACAGGUUGUUUCUUUUUUUAAAAAAAGAAUAUCCUGUACGUUCAGUGUAUACAGUGCACCAUUAUGGAAAGAUGUACAUGUAGAGAAAGAAAGUCUGUAAUAGUUAUGCUCGUAUAGGAUUAUUUUUUGAAGAAGUGGGGUAGUGGAUCCACAGGGUAUGGGGGAGGGGGUGGGGGACUACUUUUGAGCAAUCAUGAAAUUUUAUCAUGACAUUGUGGAGGCUCACUACAAUGUACAUGAACUUCGAAGGUUUUCACUUCUGGAACUUUAGGAUAUACAUACUUUAGUAAUAAAAGGAACUGCUGCCCUUUAAAUAGAUUAUUAAUAAAUUAAAAUAAUUCAUUUUUUUCAUUUUUGUUGCCUUAGUUCCAUGAUGGUGUUUACCUUAUCUUUUUGCUGGGGCUUCUUGAAGGUUUCUUUGUACCACUGUAUCAGUAUUACAUCACACCAGCAAACAAAGAUCAAAAGGUAUGCUGCAGUUAAUAGUUUAAUAGAAGUAGGGAUCGCGUUUACUCCCUCUCGUGCAAUUCGUCAAAUGUUGGCAUAUUUUUCUGGCGUUGAAUUCUAAAGGACUGUGUCAAAGUACAGGAAAAGAAAAAGGAAGUCAUUGCAUUGUGUUCACCUCCUCCACAAAACGUGAAAUUAGGCGCUUUCACUUCGUAGUCGUGCAGUGACGGCAGUGAAAUGUACAGAAAGCUUGAUGUACUUGCAAAGUUGUUGUUUUGUUUAUCAAACCUAUUGCUUUGUUGCCGUUCUCGUUGCUGCCGCCGUCGUCUUUGCUUAAGGUCAUUAUUACCUCCUCGAUAAAACGUGAAACUAGGCAAUUUCACGUCGUAGUCGAAAAAGAAAAAAAUGUACGAAGAAGUAUGCUGCACGUGCAAAGUUGUUCUUUUGCUAAUAUAAACUUACUGCUUUUUUGACAUUCUUGUUGCGGUCACCAUCUGCCUAAAGAUACGAAGCCUUUACAGUGACCCUGUUGUUUGAGCUCGCUCAUUACUGGUGUUUUCAUUGUUCAAAACAGCUCCAUAAUGUUGCUUUAGCUAUUGACCUCAUGAGAGACAGUGGAAUGAAGUUUCAUGCGAAAUCUGAAGGUAAAUGACUUCUAAGUCAAGUAAAUUUUAAGGUAAAGGUUAUCUCUAAAAAAAGAUGAUUCUCGGGUGAUAAUUUUGGUCGGGUGUUCAAUCCGGGAGGGGUGGGGGGCUUACUAUAAUGGCCUUUACGGGGAGGUAUAAUGGAAUAUAAAAGGGACCUCGGGGACCGGGUGUAGCCUUCUCGUAUAAAUCUUGGUUAAGUCCUCUCCCGCUCUGGUCUUCGUAUCCUCCGUUAAAAGUAUACUGUACUGUACUGUAAUUAUUACGAGAUUAAGGGGUGAGGGUGACCCCAAAAAGUGUGUACCCCCAUUCCCUCAAAGUAUUCGGUCCCCUUUUUAUCGUAAGGAGCGGAACAGAAGUUGCAACAGGAAAAAAUCUGUGUUAGAAGCGAAAGGAAGAGAACAGUCUCAAGGACAAUUAAUCCGAAUAACAGCAAUCUGAAUCACAGUCAGUCACUUUGAAAAUGGAACAUCUGAAAAGGCAGUCGUGACUUUCCGGACGGAAUGUUCCAAGCGUAAAUUCGUGUUGCAUUUCUUCAAAGCCAUCUUUGAUACCAAUUCCAGUAAAUGGAAUGUAAAUAAUUUUUAGUAAAUGGUUCAACUGAUUUGUGCAAAUGGUACGCGAUUCCGAGCCAAAAUUUACCAGUCCUGUAUUUUGCGUACCAUUUGCCCAAGCCGAGGAUCGACCGGUAAACAACCAGGAUAACCCUUAGAACUUUUCUUGUUAAAGACUGAGCUUUUUUGUUUGUUUGUUUGUGUUUUUUACAGAUGUGGUUCAGAAGGACCUCAAGUCAACACUCAGAAUACUUUACUCCUUGUUCCAGAAAUACAAAAAUAUGAAAUAA